ACCUGGAAGUCGCGUCUUGUCGACCAACGCGUUUCUCAACGGUCGAAGGUAAGAGCUAUUUGCCAUCAAUGUCCUCUCUAGACCGACAACUGUUUCUGCACUUGUUGCCAGCUUCACCGUUUUAUCAUAGGUGACUCAUGGAGCGGAUUCGUCAACUAUGGCCUCGGUGACAUCCCUCGGGCUGCACCAACCGACAGCGCUGCAAUAUGCGAUACAAGAACAGCUGAUCCAGGAAAAUGCGCCGAGCUCCGAUUACACCUGGGACAUCACCGUAAAUCAUCACGGAGAUGAUGUGGGGGAAGACGAGCUCCUCGUCACCAAAGACAGCGUCAUCUGGUCUCGCGGUAGCAUAUUUCGCAAGUGCUUUGGGUUCAAACUGGAGAGGGAACCUGUUACGCAGGCCUUGUUGACUUACUUUCCCGGGUCGGAGCAGGCAUCCCGCUAUGGAGCUGGCAAGUCUUUAUCGGACAGCCGGACGCUAUCGAAAGCCUUGGUAGUAUUUCUGAAGACACAAGCUCACAUCUACUUCCUGGACGGCACCAGUCAUGUCGUUCACAUGCCGUUCGAAGUCGAGUCGGCCUGCGCUGCUCCGCAAGGCGUCGUCAUUCAGCGAAAGCAACGGACCGACAGCAGUCUUGCAGCCAGCCUCAAGUUUCCUCGUGUACCGCCAAACUCGUUUAUUUCCCCCCAGUCCUCACCGGCGUCCAUACGAACCUCCCAACAGACUACAUUCACGACCGAAACCCUAGGUAGGCCCAAAGCGCUCCCUUUGCGCCUGCAGAACCCGCUAGACGAUGCUUGGGAUAUGCCUACGGAGAAGAAUGGGUCUCACUGGCCUCGGUUGGUGUCUUUGACUGAUCCUCUCCUCGAACUCGGACUUGUCGUUACGCAACCGGAUCGAUCGUCGAAGCGCAAGGCCCGCCAAAGCUCUGAAAAGGUGCCAUGCUUUCUCGACCGAGCUGAAGAAAUACUGCACAUUGAAGAAUUACCACGGCUAAGUGGCACGUCAGACAAGAAUGGCAAGGACAAGUUGGUAUUGGUCAUUACCAUGAAUCGAGAAACGAGCAUGUAUAGUGUCUGGAGGUUCACGUACAUUCAGAACGCCGAUCCGCUUCGAAACCCUCCAAACCCUGCCAAGCAAAAGACAGACCGUCGUAGGAGUUCAAUGCAGCCGGGUCUUGCGAGCGGCGUUACGUCUCCUUUGCAGCCAACCUUCAAAGAAAGCCUUGGGGCUACUCUCCCUGGGAAAAAAUCUCGAAAAAGCGAGAAGGUUGAAAGAAAUGAAAAGGCGCUUGAAAAGCUCGAGUCGUCACUUGGUCUCGACAAGGAAUCGGGCGUCACGCGACGAACAUCACGUCGGGUGAGCUCGAUGCUUGCACGCGCAGACCUGUCAGCUUCUCAGGACCGGACAGCGUUUGGUGAUCAGGCACAAAUCGCAAACCAUGCGGGCGCCCGCAGGGAGACAUCACAUGGAAGCUCGCGGGCACGAAUCAGCGGCGCUUUCCCGGGUGUCAGCUUCAGUGGCACCGUCACGCAGAGCGUCAAUGCAAUUGGCAGUUUUCUGGAAGCUCCAGUUGACAACCUGCUGGAAGAAUUACGUGCUGGCGGCGACUUCGAAGGUUUCCACAGCAUGGGGCUAGACGACCACGACUUCGAUGGCCUCACACAAGAGAUUAUGCUCACGAAGAUUCACAGCAUGCCAUUGGAUAAUACCAACGUCAGAUAUUCCCUCUCAAAACAGCCGGCCAGGACUCAUUGUAAAGUGUUCUGUCUUCCUGGGCCACAAUCAGCUGUUGGUGAUCAGAAUCGAUGCCAGGUCUUGAUCGGCAUCCAAGACACAAUGGAGAAGCGUUUACAGUUGCUUACGCUACACCUCCAGACAACAACCAGAGGCCAUCAUGCAUUUGAGUCCGACAAGACAAUCAUAAAUUUCGGUCAGCUCAGAAAAGCUCAGAACGUCAUUGACUCGUGUAAAAUUGUGGAUGGAAGCCUGUCCAUGAUUCUUCUUCUCUCCGAAUCCGGUGAUGGACAUCGUGAGCUAAGCCUCCAGGCCCCAUGGAGCCCACUGACAUCCAUAACCCUACCAACAAAACUUAACCUUUCGGAUCUGCGGAGCCUCGGUUACCGUGGUAGUCUGAUCGACCAUGAAGUCGGUAUGAGAAGAGCCGUAACCCCUGUAGUAGGAGAGAUAGCUGGAAUUCGCCAUCCGAAGCUCAAUGGCGUCGUCGACAUCUUGGACAGCGGAACCCAACAACUUCACCAGAUUCGCAUCCAACUCCGACCUACCUGUCCUCAAGUUGCGAAAAUUCUCCAGCUCCUUCGUGGUGUCUUACCUGAACCAUUUGGCGACAGAUUGCUGGCUGGCUGGUGGCAAAUCGUCGCAUGGCUUCGACAAGAGCAGGUGGAUGUUGCAGACAUGGAGUGGUCUGCCGCCGUGAUUCAGAUACUUUCGAUGUACCUUGCCCUCGGGACUGCUGAUUCUUACUCUGUUGGUACUCCGUUGGGUCAUAGGAGAAGCAAGAGUCAUCUCAGAUCGAGCAGUGGAGCAUACACGGACUCGAGUGAUUGGGAUACGAUGAAUGUUUUCGAGACUCCAAAUUCAUCGACUCACCCACCUUGGGUUGACCACACGGCGUGGAGAUGGGUCGUGGAACAAGAUGACAGUUCAUUUAGCAUGUUCCAGCAGAAACAAGGUACUGAGGACAUGGACUUCAUCUCUUCUCACUUGCGCCAUGCUCAAAAGUACUUAAUGUCGGCGCUUGGUGAGGCUGCUUGCAGUCCGGAGGGGUACUUGCCCACGGCUCUGCACAACGAUGAGUCCAGUCGAGUCCAAUGUGCCCAGGACAUCUUUGUUGCGCUACACUUGCUCCUGGAAGACCAGAAACUUGACAUCACUGCUUCUUACUCCGCAUCACCCGGGCCAACAAAUCUUCGGUCGGUGUUACUUCAAGUUGCCCGAUGGAUGAACUGGAGUCAAUGGGUAUAUUUAUAUGAAUUAGACAUGCCCGUAGACUUGCCAACGUCUGGAAGUGACAACACACGAGUUUCGCUUGCUCGGAUUCCGCAGGAACCUCCCACUUGGCACGUAUUUGACUGGAUCCAAGACAACUUAACUCAAAAAAAUACAGCUCAUCCGCAACCAAUACCGAUGGUCUUCUCAUCACUUUCACAAGACGCUAUCCCACGGACAAGAAUGUUUGUCAAAUUCUUCAAUCUCCUUGAGACCAAGAAGGCGUCACCUGUGGACUUUGUGGAAUCGAUGUACAGCAGCGGGAUCACAUCUGUGGUAUUGGAAUUACUCCCAGAAGCUGUCAUGGUGCCUCUUCAAGAUGCCAUUGCUCAAUGCCAAGCACAUCCGCCAUCCGCGUGGUCGAGAGACCUACUAGAUCUAGUGGACAGGAAGGACGUUGGUGUGGUGCUCUCGCCGUUAGAUGGAAGCCGGUUCCACUCCUCUAAUCUCAUUGCACCUUCGCACCUAGCUUCUUGGGACUUCAACUCCUUAUGUCAGAAUGUCAUGGAUUUCAACGACGCUCCCACUGAUGAUGUCGCCGAGAGCGAUAAACAGGCCGUUGUCCGGGCCAUCUUCAAGGAAGAUCGAAGGCUGGAAGAGACAAAGCUCAUGCUCAGUACCACGAAACCACGGGUCGUGCGGCUGGACCCACUUCCAGAAUGGACAGAACAGACCUAUCUCGAACAGCAGAAGGAAGUUGUGACACGGCUGGCUACUAACACGCUGUCGAUUCCUGCCGGGAGAGCCUUGAUGAACUACGGUUUGCGUUUCCCACUGCUGACCCAAAAGUUCCACAUCAACGGCUUCGUCUUGAACUGCACUAUCAAACCGUCAAAUACAACAGUCGGCGUAGACAAGAACCUCUUCAAGGAAGAGGAGAUUGCCUGGGGAUUCUUCCAUUCUGGUGUCGCCGGAGGUCUGUCAAUAUCUCGGCAAGCACAGGGUAUUGAUACGUCCUGGAUCCUUUACAACAAGCCCGGCAACGAUCUCAACAACAGACACGCUGGGUUCCUUCUCGCGCUGGGUUUGAACGGCCAUCUCAAAGGUGUAGCCAAAUGGGUUGCUUUCAAGUACUUGACUCCCAAGCAUACGAUGACGUCUAUUGGACUUCUCCUGGGCCUGGCUGCUUCUUAUAUUGGCACUAUGGACUCCUUGAUAACGCGUCUUCUCUCUGUCCACGUCACGAGGAUGUUGCCUCACGGUGCAGCUGAGCUGAAUCUUUCGCCCCUUACACAGACCACUGGCAUCAUGGGCAUCGGCUUGUUAUACUGCAACAGUCAGCACCGCCGGAUGAGCGAAAUCAUGAUGUCGGAAAUUGCACACAUCGAGACGGAAGAUGACGAGGAACCGCUGCGCAGUGAAUGCUAUCGGCUUGCUGCAGGAUUUGCGCUCGGCUUCAUCAACCUGGGGAAAGGUACUGAUCUCAAGGGCCUGCACGAUAUGCGCGUCACUGAGAGACUUGUCACCCUGGCUUCGGCUACGAAGAAGGUCGAGCUUGUACACAUUUUGGACCGAUCCAGCGCCGCUGCCGUUGUAGCUGUUGCGCUUAUUUACAUGAAGUCCGAAGAUCAUAUUGUGGCUCGUAAGAUCGACGUGCCAGAAGCAAUACUGCAGUUUGACUACAUUCGCCCUGACAUCCUCCUUCUCCGAACCGUCGCAAAACACCUUAUUCUUUGGUCUGAGGUCGAUCCCACACACGAUUGGAUUCGACGCAAUCUCCCACGUCGCUACCACUCCCGCGUCACUCCACCUUCUGAGCCGUUCGACAGUUCCUCACAGGGCCCUCUUAAUUCCACCCACCUGCCCUUCCUCACUAUCCUCGCCGGCCUUUGCUUUUCAAUUGCUCUCCGCUAUGCUGGUUCAGGUCGUCUAGACGUCCGCGACCUGCUACUCAAUUAUCUGCACGUGUUUUACGGCUAUUGUCAAUCCUCAUCGUCGAAAGCCAACUUUGAUAACCGCACCGUCCAAGUCACUGCGCGCAUGUGUCUUGACACGGUCGCGCUCUCUGCGGCUACAGUCAUGGCCGGCACAUGCGAUCUUCAGGUUCUGCGCAUCCUGCGAUCUCUCCACGCUCGCAACGAUCCUGAGACCACGUACGGCUCUCAUAUGGCCACACACAUGGCAAUUGGCGUCUUAUCGCUUGGCUGUGGCACGCAGACUUUCAACACAUCAAAUUUGGCCAUUGCAAGCUUGUUAGUGGCAUUCUAUCCAGUUUUCCCAGAUCAGGUGCAAGACAAUAAGAGUCAUCUGCAGGCAUUCCGCCAUUUCUGGGUUCUGGCCACUGACCCCAGGUGUCUGGUUACGAAGGAUGUGGCUACAAACACACCUGUCAGCGUGCCAUUAUCUAUCAAACUGAAAACCCCCUUGGGAACAGAGCCGGGACAACCCAGCGAAGAUAUGCGGACUACACCAUGCCUGUUGCCCCCUUUGAGCGAGAUUUUGAGUGUUCGUACGACCAGUCUAGAGUUCUGGAAUCUUGACCUAGACUUUGCCGGGCCAGGAGGCGACGAACUGAAGGAAAAGUUCACCAAGAACCAGGUACUCUAUCUAAGGCGGCGCCCAACGGGCGGUAAUCCAUUCGCGGCCACGAUGCUCGCUCUGGGUCGCCAGUCGUCACUAAAUACGCCGUCGGGGUCAACCGAGGCUGGGAGCCAACCACUUGAAUGGCUGUUUGAUGCAGUGCCAAGUCUGAAGAAGCUUACACAUUCGGAAAGAAGCAUUGUGCUCGACAGAGGCGUUGGCGGACCCGAUGUAGGCCUAAGUUGCGGAAGCGUGGUCGAUGCCAAAUUGGUACUGGAAGAAGGUGUGAAGAAUGGCAGGCGGGACGACUUAAUUGGCCUGAAGGGCCUCUUUGAGUGGGUCGAGUGGAGGGUGCGACGAUCUGAGGCUGAACGGAGAGAAAGGGUCAGCCAAGGGCAAGGAGAUGAAGAAGAUGGUUGGGACGGCGAGGGCUGGCUUAGAGCUAGUGUUGUCGAAGGUCUGAAGGGGAUGGUAUGGUUGGCCGGACGGACGGGAGGCAGUGAUUGAAAACAAAAACUAUAUAGGAACUAGAACCGGAAAUAAGGGUUCAUCAAUGACCUGGGCAUUGUGACAGUACUUGUCACGAGGCGCUCAUCUGGUUCUCAAAAGCAUUUGACGAAUGAAUGAUAAUGAUAGCAAC